CGGGAGCAGCGGUGUUGGUGAUUUCACUGAGAGUGGUCGAAAGGGCAGGUAGGAAAAACGAUCUGAUCAUGCUCACUGAGAAAGAUCAGCUCGUUUCGGCAGAUGAGGAAAAGAUCAAAACUGUAGGGAGAAUGACCAAUGUCGCCUUCCGAUUAGGAAAAGUACACGCGCUUGGGGAUGUCGUAGUACUAGAUGUUAAUACGUACGACGUUCCUUUCGGACUUCCCGCUCUUGUGGCAUUACCAGCGAACCUGGAUUUCGAGCGACGAUCGAUCGUCCUCCGAAAUACAGGAGGAAAACCCUACGCUGUGCCCAUGCGAUUGACCCUUCGCACUACUAUUAAUGCGGUUCCGCGGGUUCCGCCGAUGAUGGCAGGGACUCUCCGCAUGAUCUCCUGGGAUGAAUCCGCAGAGGGAAAGUCAUCAACAGAUGAUGCAGAAAGCAGUGACGAAGAUGAUCCGGAGAUCUUGAAAUUGGUACGACAAUGCGUUUGCUACCCGCCGCCCAAAACGAUAGCGAGAACGAUGCAACUGACCAGCCGAAAAAUUCAAAGGACCAUGGCAAUGAUCUUGGGUGAGCCCCUCGUGCAGAUUUCGAGGAUGGCCGACUCUUUGGAACCCCCUCAAACUCUGUACGAAGGAAUUACCCCUCUCCUCGCCAGGUAUAGCGACAAAAAGCAUUAUUGCGACAUUACAGAAUUACCUAAGUCUUUAUUGACAUCUGCUAAAGAAGUAAGAUUGUUACGCUUGGGGGCGGAAGCAAGGUCUCUGGAACCCCCUGGGCGUUUCGAGGCAGAAACAGACGGACUGGGGAUAAAGAUCGCAACUAAGAACGUGCCAUGGCAGGAUGUUUGUGAAGAGAUUACCCCGAAAGGACACGUGGCAAUCCGGGAAGAAGACGCCCAGAUGAUGGUCACGGUGUUCUCUAGGCAAUCGGAUCAUUCAUUCAUCUCGGCGCCUCCGCUUGAGGUGGCAAAACAGACACGCACGAAACAGCUUGACGUUCGGAUCGGGGAUCAACUUUUUGAAAUCCACCGGGUAAUUGCGGACAUUCUAACGGAAUAUGAAGGAGCGAUUAGCGUGACAGAUACUGACAUUGGCGAUCGGAGGCUCGCGUCAGAGGCCGUGGAGCUGCUCAUCAUCCAGGCGUGGAGGACCAACGUGGCGGGAGACCUUCUGGGAUUCGUCUUUGGAGAAGUGGAUCGGGGAAACCGACCACAGAUCGUGCGCGAACUUACGAUCGUGAUCGCGCGACUGGCCGACGAACUCCCCCUUGACAUCGUCUCUCAAAGCGACGAAGAGCCCGUGCCACAUACCCUCUCAAGGACUCUCGCCCCGAGCCUCCAGUGGUUGGCUUGUAUCGAGGAGCGCUGGGCGGACGACCGUGUUCCCUCUCGCAGCGAGUACCUGGACGUCCACAGCAUAACUAAUCCCCGCUUCUUUCAGCAACCAACGGCGUUCGAGUGGGCGGCGCUGAGAGCAGAAGAGGAAGCAGAAGAGGAUUCGGAAGGAGAAUUAAGGAGAGAGGCCGGGGAAGCAGCGGCCCGGCUGGCCGAGGACGAGGAAGAAGAACGCGAAGCAGAAGAAGAGCCGGCGGAAGCUGAAGAAGAAGAAGAAGAAGAAGAAGAAGAAGAAGAAGACGUAGAGGAGGAGACUUCGGAAGAAGAGGAGGAAGCCUAUAGUGAGCACAGCGAGGGCGAGCCAAGUGAGGAGGAGGACGAAGACGACGACGAAGAAGUGGAAAGCGGAGACGACCAGGAGCCAACGCACGACGACGAGCUCGAGUGGGUGCCAGGACCGGAUCGACGAGAGGAGAACCCUGAGGCUGCCGCGUAGCGCAAGAAAGAGGUCGCGGAGGGAAAGCGGCCGGUGAUCGACCCCACAUCGAACGAUCCUUCCAAGGAUCCCGAGCCGCCCAAGCUGGAACAUG